CCAAAGCUUGAGUCCAAGAAGAUCAUUGAAGCUAAAACAAAAGAAAUGGUGGAUCUUUGUUUCUUUAUGUAUUUUCUUAGUCUUGCUCGGAGAUUCUCUCGUCAUGCUUCUCUUGAACUUCUUCUAUGUCCAAAUGGAGCAAGACUUUCAUGAAAUUUAUGACCAAGAUCUACAAUACAAAGGAACAUGGACGCAAGCUCUGAUACAAAACGCUGCGUUUCCUAUUCUCAUACCUCUCUUUUUCAUUUUCCCUAAACCAAAACAAAACCUUGAAACCAACAAUACUAGAUUCCUCACCUUGCGUCUCUUCUUCCUUUACUUAUCUCUUGGUGUUCUUGUUGCUGCUCACAGCAAAUUGUUUGCACUCGGGAAAUUAGUCUCAAACUAUGGCAUCUUCAUGUUGAUUUCCGCAACCCAAUUGAUAUUUACCGCUAUUUUAACAGCCAUCAUUAACCGUUUCAAGUUUACUAGAUGGAUCAUCAUAUCGAUAUUACUCACUAUUGUGAUUUACGUUCUCGGUAUACCUGACUUUGGAGGACAGCCUCAAGAGGGAGAAGAAUAUGGAUACAACAUCCAAGCUUGGUUAGCUUUCUCUGCUACGAUUGCUUUCUCAUUAUCUCUCUGCUUAAUCCAACUCGGGUUCGAGAAACUCCUGGUGAAGACCAAGAGAUAUGGUAACAAGAAAGUGUUUAGAAUGGUCUUAGAGAUGCAAAUAUGUGUCUCUUUUGUCGCCUCGAUUAUUUGUCUUGUGGGUUUGUUUGCAAGUGGUGAGUAUAAGGAACUGAAAGGCGAUAGCAGGAGGUUUAAGAAAGGGGAAGCGUAUUACGUUCUUAGUUUGGUUGGGUUGGCUUUGUCGUGGCAGGUUUGGGCGGUCGGGCUGAUAGGUUUGGUGCUUUAUGUUUCGGGUGUGUUUGGCGACGUUGUUCAUAUGUGUGCUUCACCACUUGUGGCUUUGUUUGUUGUCUUGGCAUUUGAUUUUAUGGAUGAUGUAUUUAGUUGGCCUAGAAUUGGUUCUUUGAUAGGAACAACUCUGGCCUUGGGAUCUUACUUCUACACUCUACACAAGAGAAACAAGAAGAAGAUGUCGGAACUUAAUUAAAGUGAGAACAAUGUGGAAUUUAGUCUCUCAUGUCAAAUGUAUGCUUGUGUUUCUUAAUCUGUUCUUGUUUUUCUGAUUCUUGUAAGUCAAUGCCCAAAAUAUGUUGUAUAGAUCUUUAUCAUAUUGUGUAAUUUAU